AUGGUCGGGUUCGCACAAGAAGCAGUUCUUCCAGGAGCUGAAUUUCCGCUGGAGACCGCCGUUACACUCUUGAGCCACUAUAGCAACGAAAAUUAUUACGUCUACGAGCGCGGUGACAAGUGGUACCUCGGACUUGGGGCUUAUGCAUCCCUAGUCCUUGAUCCCAAUGGGAAAACCGCGACAGAAAUCGACCACCAGGGACGUCAAGAAUCGACCGACAUAGCUGACUUGCCUGCUACCCACAUUAGGGAGUUUGUUGCCAAAUACUCCGGGUACGGAAAAAUAUUUGGACAGGUCGGCUUUAACUAUUCUGCGCACUGCUCAGGGCAGGCCUAUGCGCCAAGCCAGUGGCCGAUGUUAAGCCUCAUGGUCCCCUGCGUACAAAUCACAAUCGACCGUACCCAGACUACGAUCAGAGGAUACGCAGGAAAUAAUAUCUCGAGGGUGAGGGAACAUAUCACACGCAUACUCAACGCCACUUCGAGGGAUAAUAUACCUCCCACAAUCAAGGACAGGGGCGCUAUAGACCUCACAAGUAACGCCGGCGAGUACGAGGCCCGCGUGGCCAAGGCAAUUGCGGAGAUUGCUAAGGGUCGAUAUACCAAGGCUAUUCCGUCCAGAAAAGUCCACUUGGAUUUCCGGGUUGACAUGCUAGCAACUCUUUUUCACGGCCGACGAGCAAACACACCUGCACGCACAUUCUCAUUCAAUCAUAUGGGCAUUCAGGCGACCGGUUUUAGCCCUGAAGUCCUUCUCUCUAUUGAUGGUGAUGAUGCAUAUACUGAAGCACUCGCCGGGACCCAGCUGUCGAAAUCACCAAAAGCUAGCCUCGAUCCAUUCAACAACAAAUUACAUAACGAUGCCAAGGAGGUCAUGGAGCAUGCGAUUGCUAUCAAAGGGUCCAUCCGUCGGUUGAGCCAGGUCUGCCUUCCGGAAACCAUUGCUAUCAAAGACUUUAUGAAUGUCAUGCAGAGGGGGAGCGUGCAGCAUCUAUUUUCCCAUGUAAGGGGACGCCUGAGACCAGGUCUUGACGGAUGGGAUGCUCUACCAGGUCUCAUAGCCAAUAUCACUGUCCCAGGGAUGCCCGGACAGGGCAACCUGAAUGCAAUUAGGUGCUUUGAGCCCGAACCGAGGGACCUCUAUUGUGGGGCGGUGGUUAUGCUGGAUGAGAGCUCAAGACUUUUUGAUGCCACCCUGGUUCUUCGCACAGUGUUCCAGGAUGCGAAUCGACAGUGGUUACAAGCUGGCGCUGGAGUCACAAGUUACUCGAAGCCAGAGCGUGAGUUUGAUGAAACAUGCGAGAAGCUGGGUAGUGUGGCGCCUUUUGUGAUGCCCCAACGUGGCUAA